AGGACAGCCUAAGUAGGCUCUAACUUCGUUGGCUCUUACAAUGCUCACUUGUUUUCACAGUGCAACCAGUGAAAUGUGUUAGAAAAAGAGUAACAUUUUAGAAAACUGUAAAAGUUAUUUUUCUUCCUAAAUGACCUCAUCUGUAGAGAAUUCCUUUGCUGAACACAUCAAAGGGAUUUUCUGCAUUUAAACAAGAUGAAGCGCCACACUGCAGAGAGAGGGGAAGGCCCGCACUACACUAGAACCCCAGAUGGAGGUUGGGGAUGGAUGAUUGUGCUGCAUUUCUUCCUGGUAAAUGUGAUUGUGAUGGGGCUCACCAAGACUUUUGCAAUUUUCUUUGUGGUUUUUCAAGAAGAGUUUGACAGCACCUCAGAGCAAAUUGGCUGGAUUGGCUCCAUCAUGUCAUCACUUCGUUUUUCUGCAGGCCCCCUGGUUGCCAUUAUUUGUGACAUAAUUGGAGAAAAAACCACCUCCAUUCUUGGGGCACUCCUUGUUGCUGGUGGAUACUUGAUCAGCAGCUGGGCCACAAGCAUUCCCUUUCUUUGUGUGACCAUGGGAUUUUUACCUGGUUUGGGUUCUGCUUUCUUAUACCAAGUAGCUGCUGUGGUAAUUACCAAAUACUUCAAAAAACGGUUGGGUCUUUCUACAGCUAUUGCCCGUUCGGGGAUGGGACUGACAUUUCUAUUAGCACCCUUUACAAAAUUCCUGAUAGAUCUAUACGACUGGACAGGUGCCCUUGUAUUAUUUGGAGCUAUCAUACUGAAUUUGGUACCAUCUAGUAUGCUCUUAAGACCCAUCCACAUCAAAAGUGCGAGCAAUUCUAAUCCUAAAGACAAAGGCAGCCGUCUGUCUGCAAGUGGUCCAGAGGCAGAGUGUGGGGUAGAAACAUCCCACUGCAGUGAGAUAAUAGAGUCCACCACCAGGGACAAUAAUGUGCAGAAGGCUGGGCAACCAGAUACAAGUGUAACAGUCUCACAAGAUCAUGGUGAAGAAUUCAACAACGGGCCUAAUAAGAACAGAAGAUUGUUCUUAAAAACUAAUGAAGAAAGUUACAAGAAAAAGGUCACUUUCUGGAGCUGUAAACAAGAACUGGUUGAUACUUCUCUUCUUAAGAAUCCUUUCUUCUACAUAUUUACCUGGUCUUUUCUCCUCAGUCAGUUUGCAUAUUUCAUCCCUACCUUUCACCUGGUCGCCAGAGCCAAAACACUAGAGAUUGACGUGAUGAAAGCCUCCUAUCUUGUUUCUGUAGCUGGUAUCAUAGAGACAGUCAGUCAAAUUAUAUCCGGAUGGGUGGCUGACCAAAACUGGAUCAGAAAGUACCAUUACUACAAGUCUUACCUCAUCCUCUGUGGCAUCACAAACCUGCUUGCUCCGUUAGCCACCACAUUUCCACUACUGAUGACCUACACUGUCUUCUUUGCCAUUUUCUCUGGUGGUUACCUAUCAUUGAUACUUCCUGUUCUGGUUGAUCUGUCUGGCAAUUCCAAACUACACAGGUUUUUAGGACUUGCAGGAUUUUUUGCUGGGAUGGCUGUCCUUUCUGGACCACCUGUCGCAGUUCACUGGCAGACCCCAUGAUGCCUCAGAACUUCUCAAGCCUAUUAGGCCACAAGCGUAGGGAGGUAGUAUUUACUAGUAAAUCUGCUACACUGAUGGGUCUAAGUCAAGAAUGAUAAGAUUUUCCACACUCCUUUCCAGAAAUUUCUAGAAGAGUUGAGAGACUGAUGACCUAUUUCUCUGUACCAAAUGGUCAAUUACAAUCAACAUCAUGACUUGCCCAAGUUGGUUUCAUUUUUGUUUAAUGUCAAUAAACACUUAAUUGAGGUCACUGAUCAAAUGAUGUGUAAUGAGUAAAAAGCAACUUAAAGUUA